GUGUCGUAGGUACCUACGUAUGUCAAAGCUUCCUCUAGGCGCUGCGGGCCGCCUGCAGGACUUUUGCCUAGGUGCAGUACGGGCCUCACGAACGUUGCCCGUUAACAUUGAUACCGACCAAGCCCUGAUAACCUAACGUGCAAGAGCACCAACAAUCGUCAAAAGAAGUACCUCUCAAACAACAAACAAUCCUCUUUUCGACAUCAUCACUCCCUAAUCUCACUCUCCCGCCUCAACGAGUACAGCCGCUCUCAUUACUACUCAGUUACUCGCUCAAAUAAAUUGUCCCACCGCUUAAUAUUUCACCUGCUGACACCUCUCCCAGCUGAGUUCCAUCACACCAAUCGAUCAAUUAUGGAGAACGGAGCCACGUCUCAGAGUGAGGGUAAAGACCCCUCGGGUUUUCUCAGCGAGAUCAUCGGCAAUCCCGUCACUGUCAAACUGAAUUCCGGCGUGGUCUACAAGGGUGAACUGCAAUCUGUCGACGGUUACAUGAACAUUGCCCUGGAAAAAACAGAGGAAUUCAUCAACGGUGUGAAGAGGCGGAGCUACGGUGAUGCGUUUGUCCGCGGCAACAACGUCAUGUAUAUAUCUGCGGAUUAAGGCGGCAUUCCAAGCACAGUUGUGUGAGGGGAAGAAGCUAUGCUGGGGCGUGAGCAAGCAUUCAUCGAUGUUGGUACUAGGGAACACACGUGCUUAAAGUCCAGCCGGCUCGAGGGUCAGACUUUCAGCUGUUCCUCCGUACUCAGGUCAACAAAACAAACUGAUCAAUCUCACGUGCAGCAGGGGCAACCGCUCACUCAACAACGGGGCCACGUUUGUCGUCACAUCACCAAGUACGAACUGGGGUAGUGGUGUUCAAGAACGCAAAUUUAGUUAUUAUAAAGAAU